GUCUGAGUGCAGGGUAGAAGGAAAAGGGUGUUGCCAGUACAUUUAGACAGCAAGCACUGUGGAAAAGGAAGACAGAAACACAAAUAAUGAUGCAAUUUUUCCUCUUACUGCUGCUAGCCAGUUCCACGGUCGUUAUUUCUUUGGAAAAGUUUGGUCGAGAAGAUAUGCUCACAGUAACUUCCAAAAGCCUUACAACAGAACCAAGUCCUACAGAGGCAAAGUCUCGCUUUGCCAUGCUCGAUGAUGUUCGUCUACUAGCAAAUGGCCUACUUCAGCUCGGGCAGAGCUUACGGGAGUUCGUACACAAGACCAAGAACCAAAUCAAUGACAUUUUCCAAAAACUGAAUAUUUUUGACCGGUCCUUUUACCGGCUUUCAGUGGUCACGUCAGAGAUCAAGGAGGAAGAAGAAGAGCUAAAGAGGACAACAAGUGUCUUGCAAGCCAACAAUGAUGAAAUUAAGAACAUGUCUAUGGAAAUCAACUCUAAGAUCAACAACAUUGUGCAGGAACGUGUACAGCUGCAGAGUAAAGUGGGGAGUCUUGAGGAGAGACUCAAGGGACUGUCCCAGAGUAUGGUCCCUGCUGACCAGAUCAAAGAAAUUACAGCACUCAAAGAUGUGAUUGAAACUCAGGAGAAAACAAUCACAAGCCUACUGAAAGCUGUGCAGGAUCAGCAUGAGCAGCUAGAUCAGCAAAAAAACAAAAUUAAGAAAAUGGAGGAAAAGCUCAACUAUGACACCUUCCAAGAAACCUUUGAUAAACCAGUAGAUUCAGAGACUACAGCUCCUGAUGCGUUUGAGUAUCUGACAAACGCCACUGACUUGGAUGAAAAUGAUCUCCCCAUUGAUUGCAGUGAGUUAUUUGAAAGAAGAGAGACCCGGAGCGGAAUCUACGUCAUCAAGCCAAAACAAUCUGAGCCUUUCAACGUUUACUGUGAAAUGGGGUCUGAUGGAGGUUCAACUGUGAUCCAACGUCGGGUUGAUGGUUCAGUAGAUUUUGACCAGACAUGGGAAAAGUAUGAGAAGGGCUUUGGAGAUCUGGAAAAGGACUUCUGGUUGGGUCUAAGGAAGAUUCACAGCCUUACAAACCAAGGCGUGUACAUUUUGAGAACCGAUCUGGAGGACUGGAAGGAGGCUAAGCACUGGGCUGAGUACCACGUCUCUCUAGACGGUCCCUCUGAGCACUAUACCCUCCAUCUUAGCCACUUUACCGGUGACCUGGUGGAUGCCAUGGCCAAUAGUUCCAGUAUGAACUUCAUCACAAAGGACAGAAUUGACACCAACCAACAAAACUCUAACUGUACACGAAGUUAUACAGGUGGUUGGUGGUUCACCGGGUGCGGAGAGAACAACCUCAAUGGAAGGUAUGUAUGGGUCAGAGCAAAGGGUCAUUCUGCGAGGAGGAGGGGUGUACAGUGGAAACCCGGCAACGGGUCAGCAUAUUCCCUGAAGAGGACCAAGCUCUCCGUAAAACCAGUCACGACUGCAAAAGGUUUUAAUUGAACUUGUCAUCCCACGUGGUCUAUUCAUUCAUCUUCAUAUUCACCAUUAACACCAAUACCGUAUACAGCACUCAACCAAAUAGGGAAAGCACUGAAAGAUAAGUCAAUAACACCACCACAUUAUUCAUGCUGUGUUAAGCUGGUUAUUUCAUCAAAACCAUUUUGGGAGAUGGGGUUGUAGCACAACUAAAACAGCACAAGUCACAAUAUAUAGUACUGCAAUGGAGAAAUGAUGGAACAAUGCCAGACCGGUCAUCAACCUAAUCGUUCCAUCCAGUUAAGCCAAUAGAAAUGCCCGCAUGCAAUAUCAGCAGUCACUUUCAACAUGAAGAGAUUGAUUAACCACGUUGUGUGCAAUGUCAUGAUGAAGCAGCAGAUGGAAAAACAACAAGGAGGGACUGAAAAUCAAUUCUAAAAAGUUGCCUUACUUGGCUAUUUAUUUCAGUGAACAUGAAGGUGUCUAGUUGACUCUAUCAUGCUCUAGCAGCUUAAGACACAAACUAAAAAAAGGUAAAAGACAAGUCAUGGAGAAAAUGAAAGACAAAACACUUUCACUUUGCACUGUUUUUAAAAAUACCAUAGACAGAUAAUAUAUUGUUGCCGUGUAUGUUGCUGCACUGGGAAUGUGACUCCGGUCUAGCAUCACUCUUUUACAAAAUAAUAAGGAAAAAAGUUAUGAGAAUAAGCAUAGACAGAUCAUGUUACAGAUUACAAAUGACAGGUAUUGCUUCUAGAACAAUGUUGUGCAAACGUCCAUUGGUGUGAAUAAUACUAUGUAUGUGGAUAAAUACUAUGUGUAUGUGUGACGGGGUGAUAUGGUAUUUAAAACACCCUAACUAAAAAUUAAACUGUACUUUGUUUUGGUAGUGAAAUGCAUUGUGAAGUGUUUUAUGUGCUAUCCUUUUUUACUCUGUGAAAUAUUUAAAACAUGCCCCUGCAAUUAUGGUAUGUAUUAUGGUUAGACAGACAUAAUUUCUGUGUAUCUCCCAGUCUAUUGAGUCAUAUUGACUCUUGUUCGUUGGAAACUAAUGUUCUGUCAAUGUUUUUCAUACAUCACGUGUCAUAGACCCUGACAAUGUAAGCCUUUCAAACCCACAUGUCCUAAUAAAGAAAGAAAAGCUUGAAUGACUUUAUAUUCAAUACUUUUUAUGAACUGCUCUCAAGUACAUAAUCCUAAUACUAUUUCACUAACACCUCCGCAUUACGAAAACAGAGAAAAG